AUGGAAGCGCCGCCGGCAGACAACGAUCGAGGGAGGAUGGAAGGAAGGGGGCAAACAAAUGAAUCAUGCGAUCGAUGGUUAUUAAUACAGCAAAAACAUCUGACGGUCAAAAAGUGUUCCAUCCGAUCGUUAUCUAGACCAUCAUAUGAGCCUCAGCUAAGCAAGGCCGAAGAAAGCAAAGAGACGAUGGGGAUUUCACAAAGGACGCUCAUGCGCAUCCCUCCAUUCCCCUCCUGCAGACCUCAAUCUCCAGCUCCUUGCUUUGUAGAUGUCCAAGGUAUUAUUCUAUCUUCCUUGGCUCCUCUCGCCAUUGCCGUCACCCUGAGCUCUCCCUUGCCCUCCAUGGGGGUCCCUUAUCCCAACCCUCGGGCUCCCCCCUUCCCACCUUCAACUCCCUACGCGCAGUCCCAGAAGUUGCAGCUGGGAUUGCAGAAUGGAAAAAUUAGACCUUGUCCGUCCACGAACCCCGGUUGCGUGUCAACAAACCCAAAUUCUUCAUCGUUUGUCUUUCCAUGGAUGCUUCCUGAAGAUUAUUCCGCAAAUGUCAUUCAGAGCUUGAAAGAUGCAAUACUAAAAACCCAAAGAAAUGUGGAGUUCAAGGUAGAUGAAGAAACUCCUGAAGGCCGAUAUUUACUUGCAGAGGUUGAUGGAGGAUUUGGGCGCGAUGUAAUGGAGUUCUUGAUCAAAACAAACAUUGUUGCUUUUAGAGCUAUGGCAACAAAAGUUACAUACAUAUACCCAUUUACAACAGCUAUAGGGGAUUCUAGAGGUCAAAUUGAAAGGAUUAACAGGAUAAGGGAAGAAUUGGGUUGGUAUGCGCCUAACUUUGAAGCAAUGGAUGAAUCCGAUUGAGUCCUAUAAAUGUGUCUGUGCUACAGCACGAUCUAUGUAUCCUCUUGUGCAUUGGAUGAUAUUUCUUGAAGGUUUUGUAUUUGUAUAUGUGAAAGAAACAGGGAUUUGUUGAGUAAUUUCUGGUCUCUAUUCAUGUA